UAUUAAUUUCGGAAGUGAGACAUGCUGCGGCAUUUUUUCUACUCGUGAGAUAAUUCUACUUCGUGCAGAGCAUAUCUUGAGCUCAUGAGUUCUGACAUUUGUGUUCAUAUCUGUCGAGACGAGAAGUAUUCAGAAAGCAUGGCAAAACUAUUCGAUGCAUGGCAUUGCUGUAGGUGUACACUGUACAGCAAUCGAACACGAUCAGGAACACGAUUGUUACACUCGCAGUAGGUCACACAUGUGUCGUACAAUUUGGUGUUGCAAGAUGCGCGAAAAUGUGAACCUAGGCGAGCGAGUCUAGUGUAUCGUCGUAAUCUAGUUUGCCAAACCAAAAAUAUGAUGGACUAUGAUAUCAAAUGAUAUGGCAAUUGCUAGGCGUGUGCUUGCUGUGUGAUGGUGUAUUGUCCUUGCUGUAGCGCUUGAAGAUACGUAAUUGUACUAAUUUCAUAGUAACCUGAAGACUGAUGCGAUGUGCCAGAACUAGUGUAAUGUGAUGACCUUUUUUUUGGUUAUCACGAAAUUUGUUGACAAAACAAGGACGAACUUUAUCUGUCAAUAUUAUUGAUGUGUUGUAAACUCGUAUAGCUCUUUCCUGAAUAAGUUUUAGAUAAAGUGAUGGGACUUGCCAUUUUAUAUUCUAUUACGUGGAUGUACAAGAUUGAUAUUUUCCCUCGUAAAUUAUAAUUAAUUUUUUGUUUUUUGCGCGUCAAUUGUGAUUUACUCUGAAAGUGACAACUUAAAAGAUAUCAAAUUCUUAGGGAUCAAUUUUGAUGGCUAAAUAUUUUAAGACUAGCCCUUUUGGUCUUGGCUGUCAUAUCUGUUAAUUUUAAAAUGUGAAUAAGAAUCGAGGAGCCCACGGAGAUUCAAGGGGCUCUCGAUCCGAAUACUCUAGUUUUGUUAUUGAAAGUUUUGAAACAUGAUACUUCUUGGAAUGACAGGACUCUACAUAGCAUUAAUUAUCACAACAUGUGGUUUAGGGGUUAUAUUUCUAGCAGUUCCAGAUCUAAUGGAAAAUGACUUCUGGUUUGUUGCAUUUCUUGAUUUAUUAGCAAACUGGGUAUUAGUUUGGGAAUUAACAAGUUUUUGCCAUUUCAUUGAAAGUGUGAGACACAAAAGUGUCUUUAGCAUGGAAAUUACAACCCUUCGAAUUUGAUAUAUAGAAAAGUCUUUUGUUGAAAGAUAUCUGUACACAAUCGUGUAAUAAUGUGAUACAACAUGUGUUAAUGUGUAUACUUGCACACAAGUUUACUAAUAGAUACUGUGAUACUUGUCAAUAUGGUUGCUAUAAUGGAUCCCAAUUUAGACCCAUCUAGUAUGUAUCAUUUUGUUGCUGUUGAUAGAGAAGGAUCACUUUGGAAGACUGGACAAUCUUGUGCUGAUUCUUCAGAUGAUACUAAUUCUGUACAGAGAGAGACGGUUAUGGUUCGAUCUGUUGCAAUGAGUGCAAAUGUGGCUAGUAUAGUGAAAGAUGAAGUUCGACAUUUAAUUAGAGUCAGUGCAUUGGAACCCAGUACUUCAAAACACUACAGUACUUAUGAACCAAACAACAGAGAAGAUAUCAAUAUUGUACUUCCUACCAGUAAAGAUCUUGGUGUGGGUUCAAACUCUAUUGUUAAUACAUCAUGUUCACAUAUACUUCCAACAGUAGAUGGAAAUAUUAUAUUUGCUGUUAUACUUUCUCGGUGGGAUGACAUUAUGGGCCCGCAAACAGUUCAUGCUUGGCUUGAAGAAAAUCCAGUGGCUAGAGGUUUGUUGAAUACUGAGGUGAAUAGCCCGUCUUCUUCAUAUGUAGAUACAUUACCUGAAAGUAAGAGUGGUGUUCAUGUUACAUCUAAUCAUAAAUUAGUAGAACAGAAUGUAUAUAUAAUGAAAGCUGUGAAAUAUGUUACUAGCCAUACUGUAAAUUACACUGGUAUUUGUUUAAAUUCUUCUGCGUCCUUGCUGUAUGAACAAGAGAGUAAUUUGUUUGUCGUACCUGAUCUUGAACUUGUUGCUCAGUCAUUAGUUUUUCAUGCACGAUCCUUGGACACCACAGUGCCCUUUUCUUUAUCAGUGUUGGUUGGAUAUCAACAUUAUGAAUAUUUUCUACAUUUACGCCGAUUAUGCCAUCAGUGGCUGCGGAGAAUGGCAGAAAGACUGCAUGAACCUCUUGUUAAGUGCAUGUCCACCAGUACAGGCUUUACCAGUAUCUCAGUGACAAGACUCAAUAACUGGGUGCUGGAAUUUUGGCAUACAAUUUUUUCCCUUGGAAAGUGUGGCUUAGGAAAUUCGCUCCUAGCUUGUGGUGCAGAUAUGUUGAAUCAUCCACUUCUUGAACGUGCCUUAACCUCUCAUCUUCAAACAUUUGGCUGUACUGUUAUUAUGGGGACAUCAUCAUCUGAUAUAAAUGCUUUAAUAUCGUUUCUGGCACUGUUCCUGGACUCAGAUGAAAAAUUCUGCUCACGUCUUGUUCUUCCAACUAUGAAAUAUUCAUAUCAUGUGGGUUUAUUUGUUCAGGGUCUCUUAUUAGAUGAAUUUGGUUGUCGAGAGUUAUGUUCAGUUGACCUUGCAGCUAGUCCAUAUCUGGUAACUGCUGUUGAUUUAACAAAAGGUGUUAAUGCAAAUGCUGUACGCCAAACAUCUCCCCAAAAUUUAAAUAGAUCUGGGGAUGGUUUUGGAAAGACUCAAUUACAUAGAAGUAUUCUGUAUCCUGUAAAGGAGAGUGCCAGUCUUAUAAAAUCAUUGCUCAAAGACAUGCAGCAUAUACCUCCUAGCUCCUGGCAACAUUUCAUUGGCAUCUUCAAAAAGAAAAUUAAUUCCUUGGCAUAUAUGUUGCUUAGUUUCAUGCAUCAAUCUGUGAUGGAAUACAGGGGAGGAAGCUUGCAAUUGGAGCGUUACCUAAUGAAGAAUAUGAAUCUACUGGAGAGUGAUUUCCUCAUUGUUUUGGCAGCAGCAGAAAAGUUGAAACCUGGGAUUUAUGAUCAUGUUAUGGAUCAUGAUGCAGUUUUUAGAUAACAUGAGUUAGUCAACAAUUUUCAUGAUGAAAAUUACCAUUAUCUUUAAAUAGAUAUUUCCAAAAUAAUGUUUUCGAAACUAUAAAUAUUUGUUAAUUCCUGAAUAUUUAAAAAGUAUGUACACAUUUGUUUUAGUUAAGUGUUCUAGAAUUUUGAACAUAUCAUGUGUUUUAUAACCUUAGGAUAUGGUUAUUUUAUACAUUGCUGUAUAUUUGAUGCAGUUUUUAAACAUACUUCAUUAAAACUAAAAAUAAGAUGUAUAUAGUUUAGAUUAAAUUAGUGUGUAAAAAGUCAGGCCAGUGCAAAAGAAUGAACAUAAGGUUUUUCAGGGUUUAAAUAUCUUUAGAAUGGAAUUUAUAAAAUUUAUUUGCCAACCUUAAUAAUAUAUAGUGUGAAAGUUGCGUUAAUAUGUUUUAUUCUGUAGUUGUUUCUCUCUAGGUCAGUUUUUCUCAGUUUUUUGUUGUUUUUUUCCUGAACUUAAAUUCUAUUGAAGUAUUCUAUUGAAUGGCAGAUGUAUUUUCCAUACAACUCUAAAGUUUGGAGAUUUUAAAUAAUUGGAGAUGUAAUGAAAAGAAAUCUUCAGUAGAAAACAAUUUUUCUUUUAAAUACUAUUGGGAGGAAUUUUGGAUAUGCAUUUGAGCGUUGAUUAUUUUGCUCAUUCUCUAAUUGACCAACAAAGAGCAAGUAUUCACAUAAAUCUCAAACAUCAGUAAAAUCGUAUCAAUUUUCUUAUCACUGUAAUCAAUAAGACUUGCUUUUGCUUUCUGACGAUUUAAUGAACUUCUUUAGUGACUAUUCUUUGAGACCGUGUACCAUAAUUUGUUUCACUUGUUCCAUUCAAGCCUUCUUCACAUUUUUAUUAGUGAAACUAAAAUUUACAUGAGCUUCACAGGUACAUUCAUUUCCAGCUAGGCCUUUGAAAGUUUUGAAACUCUUCAGAACUUCUCAUGGCAUUACAUUCAGUAAAAAAAAAAAAAUUCCUAUGUAAUUUGCCAAUAUUCUAAUCAUUUUUGGUUGUUUCGUUAUUUAAAAAUGUUUUGAUGUAUGUUUUUCAUUUUUAAAUAGUUAGGUUUUGGUCUUGCCUCUGUAUAAAAUAUGAUUUGAAAACUAUUGAUGUGUGUUUGUAAUACUAGCAACAUAACUGAAUGUAUUGACUGAAAGUGGAAGAAUUUUAUGACCAAAACCACUCCCAAAUGUACACUUUCCAUUCUAUCGUUUACACAUAAAUUGAGAUAAGCUGAUCUAUUUGUAUUAUUGAUAUAUGAACCAACAUUAAAAACAAUCAAUAUAAAUAUUUAAUUGCCCCCAAAGUUUGUCAACUUUAAUUGAAUUUUCAGAUGUAUUAAGCUUUUAUCAUCAUGAGUGAUUUAGAGAACUGUCAGGAAAGCCAUAUAAUUUUGUAUUAAUAACUGAACAUUUUAAUGUAAUAGGGCAUUUCCAAAAGACUUUCAAAUAAUACAAAUUAUAGCAUUUAGCGUAAAGACAUGUUCAAGGGCAUGUGUUUCAUAAUGCUUGUCUUUUUUAAAGAAAUGACAAAGAGAUUGUUUUAAAUAGUAGUAGGUAUCUUUGUUAAACACUUCUUUCUGAGAAGUUACCAAAUAAAAAGUGUAGUGUUCAUACUGUCAUUUAAAAACAAUAUUCAAAAAUUUGUUUUUUGUAAAUUUUCAUUCUAUUACC